AUGCCCAGUGCCCACAACGUGCCCGGCUUCACAGCCCUCUGCGCGGUACACACUCCCUGGUUGGCCUGUAAUCUGAACCUCUCUGCGUGGUCCUGCAGCACUGUUUGCAAUGUUCUGUUGUCCUCUUGGGUCAGCAAGGGUUUGUUAGCCUCUGCGGCCUGGCGGGCCGUGGCCAGGCCUCUAGACGUGCAAAGACGCAGCAAGAGCCCCCGUGCCGCACGAGGUGACAGUCCGGCAUGGGACGGAACACAAGCUUGUCACGUCAGCACCGAAUCGUCAGAGCUCCGGCUGCAGCAGAGAGCUGGGUCGGAAGAGGAGCAGCUGGCACUAGAACUGGCGUUGAUACGAGAUGCUGGUACUGCAGACGGUGGCUUUACCCGCUACGCCACAGUGCUGGCCUCUUUAUCUCAUGUGCCACGCGGCACUGCCUCGGGUCGGCCAGCAGGAAGGUCCUUGCUGGAUGAGCCCCCAGACGUCGCAGCUGCAGAAUCUGUCCUCUCUAAAGCCACCUGCCUCGGGCUUUCUUCACAGUCACAAGAAGUGACAGGAAGACCUCGCGGCGCCCAUGUGGGCAAGGAUACUGGCAUUGGUGCCGGAGCUGGCGGCUUUGUGUGGCUGUCCGCGUCAGUGAGGCCGAGACGUGGAUGUGAUACAUUGACCCCGGUUCUCGUCCUCCACCUUCCUCCUCCACUGUGGGCUGCUCUGACCCCAACGCUGGUGUUGACCUGGGAGGCGGGAAGGACCCUCUUCCACAGCAGCUGUGGUGAUCCUGCGCCCGCCUGCUCCCCGCGCCAGUGUUCAGGGCCUCAGAGUUCCUCUUGGGAGCGCAAACCUCUGCCUCACACGCCAAGUGCAAGCGGUGGCUCCUGCAUCAUCUGUCGCUCCCGCACCGGGCAGCUCAAGCCCUCACCCCAAAGCCUCUUUGCUUGCAGCCCGCCUGAGGGGUCCCAUCCUAGGUCAAGGCUUUUCACCCUUCUGCAAAACCCUCCUGACACGAACUCCUGGCCGGGACCCCAGGCUGUAUGGCCAGGACGCCACCUGCUAACUCCCCUAUCAGCCAGUGCCUUCCAGGCCCUGUCCCUGGAGCCAUGAUCUUUCCAAACCGUGGAACUUCCAGGGGCUUCUGCAGCCCCGGACAGCCUUAGCCCACCAGCCUUGCCUUGCCUGACAGCGCUGACCCCAGCCCAGCGCCUGCUCCAAGAGCCAAGUGUCUCUCGUCAGCAUCUGCCCUCUGCCGUGCACAGAGAAGAGGUGACCCCUUGUCCUUUGACCUCUUUCACUGCCUUCAAACGCCACCCCCUCCAGCUCUGUGACCUCUCUCUGCUUCCCUGCAGCCCCUCACACCUGCUCUCUCACUUGCUCUCUGUCUCUCUCUCACACACACACACACACAACUGUGUGGCACUGGUCUGGGACAUGGCUGCUUCUAUAUACUUCUUUUGUGAUUUUUUUCAUGAAAUAAAAUACAUAGAACAUUAAAUUCGCCAUCUUAA